AUGGCUAGUUGUCAAGCAAGCUUUGUGUCGAUCUUGAACAACGACGACAACCCGGCCUUUACUGUGCGGUCUGCCCCGGGGAUCUCUCGACAAAACUCCAGCUCUUCAUAUUCCUCUUACCACUAUGAGCCUCAACCAACGACGACGACGACGACGACGACAAGGACAUUAACCCCUGAUUUCCGCUACCACCAUCACCACAACCACCACCACCACCAUGCCUACACUAACUCCCCAUCAGUAUCCCCCGCUUUGGCGCGCCAUCCUUACGAACCCGUGUCUGAACCCACGCAGCCCACGUCUCCCGGCUCCUCCGACUGUUCCUACGACUACAUGAGCAGCGGCGCCAGCGUUCGAUCGCAUUACCACCUUAGUCGGCAAGAACCUCAUGGCUACCGGCCCAUGGCAGAGAAGCGGAUCAGUGGGAGCUCGGUGGUCGAGCCUCCGUCCCCGCAGCCUUCGAUUGGAAGCACGACCAAAGAAAGCAUGGCUGCAAAAUCGGGGGUUCGGAAGAACAAGUACCCUUGCCCUUUUGCUGCCAGCCAUGGCUGCACCGCAACCUUUACCACCUCGGGCCAUGCCGCCCGCCACGGCAAGAAGCACACCGGGGAGAAAAGCGUCCAUUGCCCGAUCUGCAACAAGGCGUUCACCCGCAAGGACAACAUGAAGCAGCAUAUCCGGACGCACCGGACUCACUCCGAAGAGAUGCCCACGGGGAUGGCCACCGACCGGGACAGCGAUGGGAGCAGCAGCUGGUCGACCCGGAGAAGCACCGCUUCUUCCACCUACGCCCACCAGCGGUCGACCAGCCAGGCCCAGCGGGAGAAAUCCUCUUACGAUGCCAUGCCACCACGAGUAUGA